CUUUUCCAACAACUCAACCAGUGUCAUCAUGACCGCCAUCACGCAGAACCUGCCAAGAUUUAUAUCAGACCUUGGAAUCUCAAUAAUUGGAGAUAAAUGUUAUUCCUCGCUGGUCGAGAACCUCAAUGUCGGAGACGUGGAUUGCCUCAAAUAUUCGCUCUCCAAGGGCUUGGGCAUCGGCAUCGUAGUAGGAGGUUCUAUCAUGAAAGUUCCUCAAUUAUUGCUUAUUCUUAGCGGACGCUCCGCUCGUGGUCUCUCCUUACCUGCAUAUGUCCUUGAAACUCUCGCAUAUGCCAUCACCGCUGCAUACUCAUACAGAAAUGAGUUCCCAUUCUCGACUUACGGCGAGAAUCUAUUCCUUACUAUACAAAACACCAUAAUUACUCUCCUGAUCAUCUAUUUCCCAACCCAUCGCUCCGAAAUACACAGGCAAUUGGUUCGCACAUCCGUCGCAUCUACCGUUGCGCUGUAUAUUCUCCCUAAAGACAUCUUGUCUCUGCUGCAAAUGGCCACGUUGCCGCUGUCCCUAUUCUCGAAGCUGCCUCAAAUCACGCAGAAUGCACGUGCCCAAUCUACGGGCCAGCUCUCUGCCUUCGCUGUCGUUUCACAAAUUGUGGGCUGUCUUGCCCGAUUGUUCACUACCGCAACGGAGGUCGGCGACCUCAUCGUCACUGCCGGCUUUGCCCUUGCCCUCGUCCUCAAUCUUGUGCUCGGUGUGCAAAUGUGGAUGUACUGGGGGAAUGACCAGAAAGAAGACUUUGGAAAGACGCAGAUUGGAUCGCUCAGCGAGAAGGAAAAGGAAAACUGGGCAUCGGAGAGGCAGGGGAGAGUUGAUGUUGUCGUUACUCCAAAGUCUCCCGCACCGCGUCAUAACGCGUCGCCUUCCGGUAGAAAAUGGGCAAGGAAGAUUGAUUAG